UGUCUGUGUCUGUCUCUGAUCUCACUGCAGAUUAUGGAGAGAUUGGUUGAUUGAUUAUCAGAGAGUAACUUUACCAACGCUACCGCUGCUAGCUUCUCUCUGGGGUGAGGAGACAGAGAACACAGGGAGAGGAGAGGACAGGCGAGAAAGAGAAGAGUGGAGUGAAGAAGCAGGGGAGAGUAUCAAAAGAAGAGGUGAGGACUGACUGAGGAGAGUGGGAGGACCAGGCCUCUGAGUGGACUGAUACAGGAAGAGAGGUAGAGAGGAAGGGUGUUGACCCCGUUGCCCCGCUGUUGGGCUGGUUACAAUGGCAUCGCCUCUAUUGAUGUACCACGGGGCGAUCAGUAAACUGGACUGUGAGGGUCUGCUGGGGAAGAAGGGGAAGGAUGGAGCCUACCUCCUCAGAGACAGCGAAACCAUCCAAGGAGCCAUGUGUCUGUGUGUCUAUAAAAAGAAGGUGGUGUAUACCUACAGAAUCCUCCAGACCCACACUGGAAGCUACACCCUGCAGACAGCGUCUGGUGUAGAGGAGAAAUUCUUUAAGACGUUAGAGGAGCUGGUCCGCCAUUAUAAGCGUCGGGGGCAGGGAUUGGCUCAGCAUCUGCGCCACUCAGUCAAGAGGAAGACACUGCUACAACUUCCCGCCCCCAAUGUCAUCGACGAGGUGCCUGAUUAUGAAAAUGUGGAUGCAUCAGACUACGUUGUUGUCCUGCCCUCUUGAUUCAGCAGCACACCCCUGACCUACAUCAUCUAUGAGCCUGUAAAUAUCUAGGUGUGGUGCCUUCAGGCAGGUUUUUUACAUUUUUAUCCUGAUGCCAGGGGCGGACUGGUCAUCUAGCAUUUCGAGCAAAUGCCAGAUGAGCUGGUCAAAUUUUAGCCCAUAAGGCCUGUCUAAUUCAUAUAUAUUUUUUAGCUAAAUUAUCAUUAUCUGGCUAAUAAUUGGGGCCUCAAAAGAGAAAAAAUGGGCUGGUGUGUUAGAAAUGCCAGGGCUGAUUUUUGGUCUCAGUCCGCUCCUGCCUUAUGCAAUGUGUUGUGUGCUGUUCUGUGUGCCAGGGUUACUGAGAUUGUCAGAGAGAAUAGUGUUUGUCUGGUUGUUGAAGUGGAAGUUAAAAUCUAAUUUUAUUUGUCACAUACACAAUGGGUGUAGAAUAUAUAUAUAUAUAUAUAUAUUUAUAUACUAUAAAAUAUAUAGUAACACAAAAGGAAGAAAAAAACAAGAAUGAAGCUAUAUCAUCAUUUUUUUUAUUUUGGUGGGUGCAUAUAUUUGUCCUAUCUUACACAUCUACAAGUGUGUAUUAAUACGCAUGUGUGAAUUAGAAAUUAGUUUAUUGCAUAUUCCACUCUCCCGGAGACACCUUCGGAGAGUGGGGUAACAGGGAGUACUAGUAUCAGUACCAUAUCAAUGUGUAGAAGUACGAGGUUUUUGAGGUAGAUACUGUAUGUGCAUAAAGGCAGGGUAAAGUGA